CCACUGCCACUCCACAAACACACUCCAACGUAAACAUCCAUUUCAAACUCACCUAAUACACUCAAAUCCAAUGCCUUCUUCAACUCAAAUACUACUUAUUGUUCCUCUUCUCCUGAUGGUUGCUGCUUCUGCUACCAAUUUCUAUAACGAUUUUGACAUUACAUGGGGAGACGGCCGUGCUAACAUACUCAACAACGGCCACCUUCUUACUCUCAAUCUUGACAAGGCUUCUGGUUCGGGUUUUCAGUCCAGGAAUGAGUAUCUGUUCGGAAAGAUUGACAUGCAGCUCAAGCUUGUCCCCGGCAACUCUGCUGGAACUGUCACUGCCUAUUACUUAUCAUCGAAAGGGUCAACAUGGGACGAAAUAGACUUUGAGUUCUUGGGCAAUUUGAGUGGUGAUCCUUACAUUCUCCACACUAACGUGUUUAGCCAAGGCAAAGGCAACAGAGAGCAACAAUUCUAUCUUUGGUUCGAUCCAACUGCGGAUUUCCACACCUAUUCCAUCCUCUGGAAUCCUCAACGCAUCAUAUUCUCUGUGGAUGGGACUCCUAUCAGAGAAUUCAAGAACAGGGAGAGCAAUGGCGUGCCAUUCCCAAAGAAUCAGCCGAUGAGAAUAUACUCCAGUCUGUGGAACGCUGAUGAUUGGGCUACCAGAGGCGGACUUGUGAAGACUGAUUGGACUAAUGCUCCCUUCACUGCUUCCUACAAAAACUUCAAUGCAAAUGCGUGUGUUGUCUCCAAUGGCGCUUCUUCUUGUGGUUCAAAUUCAUCACCUUCUACUUCCAAUAACAAAGCAUGGCUCGCAAAAGAACUUGAUUCAACCAGUCAAGAGAGGCUUCAAUGGGUGAAAAAGAACUACAUGAUCUACAAUUACUGCACAAACACCAAAAGAUUUCCUCAAGGAAUGCCUACAGAAUGCAGUUUGUCCUAAAUAGUAAAUUAUAAGUUCAUCCAAUUUUUUUUUAUUAUAUAUUUUUUUUAAUUCUUUGAUCCAUAAUUUUGUUUGUAACAAUGUUAUUGUAUUUAUCAUCAUGUAUCAAUUUGUAUGGUUAGUAAUCAACCUAAUUCAUCUUAA